AAGGUAAAACUCUUUUCAGCUCUCCUAGUUAAGUCAGUAGAUUAAAAAAAAAAUUCACACAACAAAAACCAGCASUUACAGACUAAGAUAGUUCUUGGUUUUCUAGAAACAAAUCAUUGAGAUUUCCUUUCCAACAAUACUUCAGAAGCACAGAUAAAAUGACUUCCUGUCCCAGGGUUUCCUGUAUCCAUGGCAACCUGACUUUAGGCACUUCUUUCUUAGUUUCCUGAGCAAACUGUUGCAAAUCCUGGGGCAAAAAUGUGUGUGCUGUAGUACACAACAAUACUACUUUUACAAAGGUUUCACAGAUGAGUGUAGUCGGUCACCUUGURACUUAGUCCAGUGAACUGGAAACAGCAAAAUAAGAGAAACAAUGAACUUCAGAUUUGGGUGAAGUCAGACAUGAGUAAGAAGGCUAAAGACAGGGAUAUGUGUGUUCUGCAAAGUUCUCCACCCUGCCCAGGAGCAUUCCUGUAUAUACUAAAUUGUUUUCUUUUGUUGCUGCUUCAGAAGGAGGCUUUUGGCUGUCCAUCUGCUUGUCAGCUCUGCACAGGGAGACAAGUUAGCUGUCGUAAUGCAGGGCUUUCAAGCAUCCCUUGGAACCUUCCACAAACAACUGUUCUUGUUUACCUCAGUGGAAAUAAUAUAUCACAUGUCACUCCAAAUGAACUAAGAGGCCUUCGGAAGCUUGCUGCACUCUACUUGGAUAACUCCAGUAUUUUGUAUGUACACCCAAAAUCUUUUGUGGAACUCCCCAAGCURUGCUAUUUGCAUCUAGAUAACAAUAAUAUUAAACGCCUGGAUCCAGGAAUCUUUGAAGGCCUUUCCAGUCUUCGUUGUUUAUACCUUCAGAAUAAUCACAUAGCUUUUGUUCCCAGAGGAUUGUUUAGUGAUCUUGUUUCUGUUAGAUAUUUAACACUUCAAAGAAAUCGUCUCAGUGUUCUUGGAAGUGGAACUUUCUUGGGAAUGAUAAGUCUCCAAACACUAAACCUAGCCAAUAAUAAGAUUUCACGGAUAUCAGAUUCAGCAUUUCAUCAUCUUGAAAAUCUUGCAUACUUGUUUCUGGAAGGUAACAACUUAACACUUGUGCCAUCAAAUGCUAUUGGAAGGCUCAAAAAUCUUGAAAGACUUUCUUUGUCUCACAAUCCCAUUGGAUCAAUUCAGCCUUUUGCAUUUAAGGGACUUAACAAGCUUAGAUAUUUGUCUUUGAAAAAUGUCAACCUAAAAUGUAUUGCUGUAAAUGGAUUUUUUGGAUUAAACAACCUUAGCCAGCUAAUCUUAAGUUAUAAUGAUUUAGAAAAUAUAAAUUCCAGCACUUUUAAUUUAUUGAACAAUUUAAUGUAUCUACAGCUAGACAGAAAUAAAAUAGCCACUAUUGACAAUGAUACCUUUGAAAAAAUGGGGCAGUCACUUAAAAUACUCAGUUUAGCAUUUAAUAAUAUCACAGAGUUACAACCUGAAGUGCUCCAGCCCUUAGUAUCUUUAACUCAUCUACAGGUAAAUUCUAAUCCUUGGAACUGCAGUUGCAAAAUGCUUGGAUUACUUAAUUGGCUAGCAUCAUCUCAUGUUUCAGUAAAAAUCCACUGUCAGAACCCCCAGAGUAUGCGUGGUAGACCUCUGCAUUAUAUGAAAUGGGCUGUGUUUGCAGACUGCAUUAGCCCUAGGGCCAGCCUGGGUGCUGCUCCGGGUUUGGGAGCUGCCACUCUGCUGAUGGCCUGGCAUAAAGGGAGCAGGCACAGCACACUGCAACAGUCUGCCAGUGCAGAAACUAAGUAUGUUGCUUUCUGGGAAGGGACUACAGCUACGUCUUCUACCCCAUUGCUUUAUGAAGAAUAUGCUGUUGAAAUUUCAUCACCGGCAACUACAGUAUUAUCAAUACUACCAGUGCAAAUACCAGCAGAGAUUACACCUACUAUUAAAGCUGUAGAAGAACAAUUGUUGUUUACAACAGAUGCUUCUUCUGUAUCAUUAAAAACAACCCUGAUUUGUACACAGCGGGUUGAAAAGCUGAAUCAAGCUUUUGACAUUUUACUAGCCUUUUUCAUUCUGGCUUGUGCUGUUAUACUGUUCCUAGCCUGUAAAAUUUUUCAGUUUAGGCAGAAACUAAAGGUGCUGGAAAACUCGGGAGAAAAGAGUAUAGAAUAUUAUGGCUUUUAUCAGCCUAGCAGAUACAACAUAACUGACUCAGUGCAGUCUCUAACUCGGAAAUCGGUGGGACAUUCAGAACUGGACCAAAUUAGGCUGCUUAAGCGAACAGCAUCAGAAAGUCAGGCACAGGUCAUCUUGUUUGAACAUUCAUCAUUGUAAUUUAUCUCAUUUUGUCUGCUAUUAACUGUGAUAUAAAAGGUCAAAAAAUCAAAAACUCAAUUUUCUAAGAAUACCUGCACUGAUUAAAAUCAACUGCUUGAGAGAUUUGUAGAAAAUGGUGCAAUUUGGAUUCUGCAUCAUCAUUUACUUCCUGAAUGUUUUGAAGUUUAUUGAUUAUUUCAUUAUGUGUUAUUUAAAUCUGACAUGGAUAGGUUUAUUCACCUCAGUCCCUGUUUGUAGGAAUCUUUCACCUAUAGCUCAAGUAUACAUGCAAUAUAAAGAACACUUUAAUUUAUUUUGCAGUAUUUGUUGAUAUAAGUUCCUAUGGAAACUCCAUAGCUGUUGUGAAGCUAGAAAAACAUCAGUUCUCAGUAGGCUCCCGAAGCAAAGAAAUCUUGAGAAAAAAGAAAACAGUGCUUCAUGUUUUAUUGUAAUACAGUUUCUUCCUCUGUUAAAUAAAGCCCGAUGGAAAAAAAGCACAUUUACAGCUCGCAUGUUCAAACUCUCGAGUAGGAGCAAAAAAUUAAAACUACGAAGAUUCURUUAAUACCUAUAACGUAUUUUAAUAUACGAAGUUGUGUGUUCAGUCUGUAUAAUGAAUGUAUUAAAGUGACUUUUUAUUAGUGUGUAUCUGUAUCAUUUUAUGAAAUACCCCAGACCUACUCCAGGAMACUAAAUUUCUGUUGAAAUUCACCAAAGUUUAAUGACCAAGUUUUUUAUGUCUAAGCUAGUAAAGUGGGUUARUUCUUGUCAACAAAAGAUAUUUUGUCAUCUAUGUAAUAAUAGUUUGAGGGGCUUUUUGGCUAGAUAAGAGGUACAAAUUGAAGAAAUACACUACACUGUAAAUACAUAAUGCCAAAAUAAUGGCUAAAAUAUUUACAUAUUUGGUUUAUAUUUGAAAGUGUUAGGUCAAGCUGUGUAUUCUUAGUGAAGUCUUCAUCGUCAAAGCACAGAUAUUUUCCUAUAUAGUUUGCAUUUAACUUCUUAUUUCUGUCUAAAUGUUGGUGUUCUGUUAUUGUCAGGUUAUGUCUAGUAUGUUGUAGCUUUAUGAAUUUCGGUGAUUUUUGUUUUUCUGGUUUUUACUUCAGUAAUUCAAGCUUUAUUCAGGAAUUAAAAGUCAUAAAAUUAUGUUCCAAAUAGUCCAAUGUAGUAAAAUUUUCAACUAAUGGGACCUAGUUUUGUAAAUACUGUUUGUUUUYUACUGUUGUGUGGCUUAGAGAUUUCAGCCAUUUUGUUUAUAAGUUAUACAGUUUACAGUUAGACUAGUU